AUGCAUGACGCUUACGAACCGGUCCCUAUCCUGGAGAAACUGCCUCUGCAGAUUGACUGUCUUGCUGCUUGGGCUGUUUGUUGUGUCACAGUACAAGAUCCUCGUCAGUCUGUUAGAGAACAACAUCCAUGUCCACGACCUCUUGACCUUCCAGCAGAUUACUGUGGUCUCCAAGGCCAGAGGGGCAACGCUCUUCGCCUGUCACCUGCAGCAGUCCCCUCGGGAGAAGCCCAGCUGAGGAUGUGUGUUGCUGUGAAGAAGAAGCUUCAGCUGUACUACUGGAAGGACAGGGAGUUCCAUGAGCUACAGGGGGACUUUGCUGCUCCAGACAUCCCGAAGUCCAUGGCCUGGUGUCAGAACUCCAUCUGUGUAGGCUUCAAGAGAGACUACUACCUCAUCCGGAUGGAUGGGCGUGGUUCCAUCAAGGAGCUCUUCCCCACGGGGAAGCAGCUGGAGCCCCUGGUGGCCCCCCUGGCUGAUGGGAAGGUGGCGGUGGGCCAGGAUGACCUCACGGUGGUGCUCAACGAGGAGGGGGUCUGCACUCAGAAGUAUGCUCUCAACUGGACCGACAUCCCCAUCGCAAUGGAACAUCAGUCCCCCUACAUCAUAGCUGUCCUGCCUCGCUAUGUGGAGAUCAGGACCUUUGAACCCAGACUGCUGGUCCAGAGUGUGGAGCUGCAGAGACCACGAUUCAUCACCUCAGCUGGGCCCAAUAUAGUGUACGUUGCCAGCAACCAUUUUGUCUGGCGCCUGGUGCCUGUGUCCAUCGCCAGUCAGAUCAGACAGUUACUACAGGACAAGCAGUUUGAACUGGCCCUGCAACUGGCGAAUAUGAAAGAUGAUGUGGAAGGAGAUAAGCGACAGCAGAUUCACCACAUCCAGAAUCUCUAUGCCUUCAAUCUGUUCUGUCAGAAGAGGUUCGAUGACUCCAUGCAGGUGUUUGCUAAGCUCGGCACAGAUCCGACCCAUGUGAUUGGUCUGUAUCCCGACCUGCUCCCCGCUGACUACCGUAAACAGCUGCACUACCCCAACCCCCUGCCCAGUCUGUCUGGAGCAGAACUGGAGAAGGCUCACCUGGCGCUCAUAGACUACCUGACACAGAAACGCAGCCACCUGGUGAAGCAGCUGAACGACUCCGAGCCGUCCACCCCGUCUCCCCUCAUGGAAGGGACUCCCACCAUCAAGAGCAGGAAGAAACUCCUUCAGAUCAUCGACACCACGCUGCUCAAAUGCUACCUGCAUACCAACGUGGCCCUGGUGUCCCCUCUAUUGCGUCUGGAUAAUAACCACUGUCACAUUGAGGAGAGUGAGUACAUCCUGAAGAAGGCCCACAAGUACAGCGAGCUCAUCAUCCUCUAUGAGAAGAAGGGCCUGCAUCAGAAAGCCCUACAGGUGUUGUUGGAUCAGUCCACCAAGGCUAACUCUCCUCUAAAGGGACAUGAGAGGACGGUGCAGUACCUCCAGAGACUGGGGAUGGAGAAUCUGGUCAUUAUCUUUGAGUUCUCUCCCUGGGUUCUGAAGAUCUGUCCUGAGGACGGACUCAAGAUCUUCACUGAGGACCUGACGGAGGUAGAGACCCUGCCUAGAGACAAGGUCCUGAACUUCCUGAAGGAGGGCUUUAAGGAGCUCACUAUCCCCUACCUUGAGCACAUCGUACAUGUCUGGGAGGAGACGGAGCCAGAGUUCCAUAACGUCCUCAUUCAGCUGUACCUGGAGAGGGUCCAGGGGCUCAUGAAGCAGUACCUCAACUCCCUGCCCGAGGGGGUUCCUGCAGUGGCUGCUGGGAAGGAGGAGGGGGACCUGGGAGAGUUUAGGAACAAGCUUCUAUGUUUCCUGGAGGUCUCUACCAGCUACGAGCCUAGACGUCUUAUCAGUGACUUCCCCUUUGACGGUCUUCUGGAAGAGAGGGCCGUGCUGCUGGGUCGGAUGGGGAAACACGAACAGGCCCUCUUCAUCUACGUACACGUCCUGAAGGACACACACAUGGCAGAGGAGUACUGUCAUAGGCAUUAUGACAAAGAGACGGACAGAAGCCAGGAUGUGUACCUGUCUCUACUGCGCAUGUACCUGUCCCCUCCUGACGUCCACUGUCUUGGGCCAAUCAAAAUGGAGCUGUUGGAGCCACAGGCCAAUCUAAUGGCAGCUCUACAUGUCCUGGAGCUGCACCACAGCAAGCUGAAUACAACUAAGGCCAUCGACCUGCUGCCAGCCAACACUCAGAUCAGAGAGAUCCGUGUGUUCCUGGAGAGUGUUCUGGAGGAGGAGGCUCAGAGGAAACGCUUUGACCAGGUGCUCAAGAGUCUUCUGCAGGCCGAGUUCCUACGGGUCCAGGAGGAACGUAUCUUCCACCAACAGGUGAAGUGUAUCAUCACAGAGGAAAAGACCUGCAGGGUCUGUAAGAAGAAGAUGGGAAACAGUGCCUUCGCCAGGUAUCCCAACGGUGUUGUGGUUCAUUACUUCUGCUGUAAGGACCGAGGGGUGUGUCCUACGGAGCAGUGAUACCGCUAUCGCCACCUGGACGCAAAGCACUUUGGGAUACGAACAGACCAGACCGCCGUGUACUGAAAUGACAGAAUAGUUCCCUCCUGUGGACUUCGUGUUCGUAGCAGCACCCUGGAAGGCUGGUUUGAAACGACAUCACAGCAGCUGGGAUAUUCAGGAGGAGAGGAGGACUCCAUCUCUGGAACUCUGGCUGC